AUGCUCUGGCUCAGUCUUGGGCUCGCGCUUCAGGUCUUGGUGCGCAUUCCAGGUGCCACUGCUCGGGGAAGAGAAGUCAAGCCGACGCUCACGAAGCGUGAGGGCGCAUUGCCUGAUCUCUACGAGGCCAGCGUCACGGAACUGCAAGCGGGCUUGAACUCAGGAGAGUUCACAAGUGUCGAUCUUGUCAAGGCCUACUUUGCAAGAAUAGGCGAAGUCAAUUUGGCUGGCCCUGCUCUGCGGGCCGUGAUUGAAACAAAUCCAUCUGCGCUAGCUGAAGCUGCUGCCCUUGAUGCUGAAAGACAACUCCUCGGUCCCCGAAGCUUGCUGCAUGGCAUACCAGUUUUGGUUAAGGACAAUAUAGCGACCACUGCAUCAGAAGGUAUGAACACCACGGCCGGGUCAUACAGCAUGUUAGGGUCCAUUGUGCCGGGCGAUGCCGGAGUUGUAAAGCGGCUGCGAGCAGCUGGCGCGAUUAUACUUGGCAAAGCGAAUCUCUCGGAGUUUGCGCAUUACCGAGGGAAUCUUGCAUCUGGCUGGUCAGGUCGUGGAGGACAGUGCACUUCGGCAUACUAUCCAGGAUCGGACCCGUGUGGGUCUUCCGCGGGAUCAGGUGUAGCCGCUUCAAUUGGUCUAGCUGCAGUCACCCUCGGCACAGAGACUGAUGGCAGCAUCACCUGCCCGGCGAGUCACAACAACAUAGCUGGCAUCAAGCCCACCGUCGGCUUAACAUCCAGAGCGGGGGUGAUACCAAUCUCGGAACAUCAGGACACAGUCGGCCCUUUGACUCGCUCUAUCUCCGAUGCGGCCAUAGUUCUUUCCAUCAUUGCUGGCCCGGAUCCGAAUGACAAUUUCACUCUUGCUCAACCCAACCGUGUACCUCAAUACACGAGAGCCUUGAACGUCAAUGCACUGCAGGGGGCCAGGAUUGGCGUCCCUCGAGCAAUGUUCUUGGAUCCGACAUAUUCGGGCCUUGACGACACUGUCCUCUCGGCUUAUGCGACGGCGUUGGAUACGCUGAAGAGUCUUGGUGCAACGAUCGUCGACCCUGCAGAUCUCCCCUCCGCGUAUGAUAUUGCAGCCUCAAACAAUGAGACGAUCGUCCUUAAUACUGACUUCAAGAUUCAACUCAAUGCGUGGUAUCAGUCACUGUAUACAAAUCCUUCGGGUGUCCGCAGCUUAGAGCAACUCAUCGCAUUUGAUAAUGCCAACCCGAGCCUCGAAGAGCCUGCCGGUUACACAUCGCAAUCAAUUCUCAUUGACUCGGAGGCUACUACCGGGUUUAAUGCGACAUACUAUCAGGCGCUUGCCUCAGAUUACGAUAUGGGUAGAACUCGCGGGAUAGACGCAGCCCUCCAGCAGUACAACCUUGAUGCACUGGUACUUCCGGCCCCUGGCUACACCACCACUCCUGCGGUUCCUCUAGGAUUCUACCCCGACAACACCACAACUCAGAGUGCGGGCCCGGCCACUGUUUAUCCAGCGCCGGGAGCACCAUUUGGGUUAUCUUUCCUCGGCACAGCAUACAGCGAAUACAACCUGAUCGGCUAUGCCUAUGCAUACGAGCAGAAGACCCAGACGAGGUUAGCAAGGAGGGCCUACCCUGCUGCCAUUCCUGCUACACAGAUAGCGGACAUAAUUGGCUCUUCCGCUUGA